GGAGAGUCAUAUGGAGGAAAAAUUACAGUUACUCUUGGUUUAGCAAUUGUUAAAGCUAUUCAUGACAAAGAGUUAACGCUUACACUUGGCGGUAACAUAUAUACGAAUUCACUUAACUACUAUCAAGCCUAAGUCUAGUAUAAAUAUUAUUGUUUCAUAUUAAUUACAGGAGUUGUUUUAGGAGACAGCUAGAUUUCUCCUGAAGAUUUUGUGGUAGGUAAAAAGUAGAAACUAUUUACACAAUAUUAUUGCUCAAUAAUCUUUCGGACACUAAUGGAUUAAUCUAUGAACUAAAAUGCAGUUUUCAUGGGGACCUCUUCUAAAAGAUAUGUCUCGUCUCGACAACAAGGGUUUAAAGAAAUCAAACGAUUUGGCUAAAAAAAUAAAGGACCAUCUUGAGAAACAUGAAUAUAAAAAUGCAGCUUUAACAUCAGAUGAUCUACAAAAUAUAAUUCUUGAGCACAGUAAUGAUGUGAGUUUCUAUGAUUUAUUGGCGGAUCGUGGUACUAAGGGCAUCAGUUUUGACAUUCCUGGCUUAAUGAAUGGCUUUAUUAGAAAGAAACUAAACAUUAUUCCUGAGGAUAUAAUUUGGAAAGAACAAAUCGAAAAAUUUCGUAAUGCCUUUCGUGAAGAGUUCAUGAAACCUAGAAUUGACGAGGUUGACGAGUUGUUAGCGAAAGGCGUGAGUGUCACCGUAUACAAUGGACAACUUGAUCUCAUAUGCUCAACCAAAGGAGCAGAAGCAUGGGUCGAGAAACUUAGGUGGAAUGGCUUGGAAUCUUAUUUAAACUUGGAUCGUGAUCCAAUAUAUGACAAAAAUGACAUGACAAUAACUAAAGGAUUUCGAAGAAAAUAUGAAAACUUUACUUUCUAUUGGAUUUUAAUGUCUGGUCAUAAUGUAAAUACUCCAUCUUCAACACAAUAUUGCUAUUAUAGUUUGAGCUUACAUUUAUUGAAAACUCUCUCUUCCGAACCUAAAAAUUAAAUUACUAUUGAAUUUGUGACAGAUAGCACAGUAUCAGCCGCGUAUUGCUUUACAGAUGGUGGGAGAAAUUACUAAAUCCCCUAGUCAUUUCUAGUAAAGUACCAAUGCCAA